AUGCUAGACUCCACGUAUGUCUACCAAGACGCGGUCGACAAUGUCAUCGCAGCCUUUAAACCCGCCAAUGAUUCAAGCGACAAUCUCAUCUGUGUCGUGUGCGGACGAGAAUAUGGAAGUGCUGGGCCAGGUUUCGAACCUGAUAACAUCAACUUCCUGAGCCAACUGCCCGGCCCCACCAGACGAAGAUACAUUGAAGACACCGUUGAAUCCAUACAGACACUAUGCAACCAUACCUUCUGUCUCCGUUGCAUAAGCUUCUGGUGCCAGGACAAAGCGAUAUGCACAUGUCCCAUGUGCCGUCAUCCAAUCAUUCUUAGAAGAGACCCCGCCGAUCUCAAACGUCCAGAUCAGGACCUAUAUUGGGAUGAGAAUGACGCGUUGUGCUUGUCACCCAGUUGUAUCACCGCCUUGGGUUGGGAAACCCGUAGUAUUUUCAAGCUGCAAACACGAGACCUCGUCACAACAAUGAAGCCCAUGCCUUUCCGAUGGAUCAAAGAAAUCAUGCUGCACGACUUGCCCGUCAUCAUGGUCAGUGUCGCGCGUCGCUUCUACUAUCACGAUUUGAGACCAAAGGAGACCGUACCGUGCGAUCUUCCGUCUCUAGCACGGCACGAUCCAGGGGACAUCAAUAACGGACUACCCGAAAUUCGCACUCUGGAAGCACUGGCUCACGACGACGCCCCGAUUACUUACCACAAAGACGCUUUUCGGCUGUAUGAGGGCUUGCGUGACAUCAUUAACAAUCCGCGGGGUAUCGCUUUUGACAACGAGACAUGUCAGAGUUGGGGAAAGGCUGUGCUGGCAGUUAUGACUACACUUACGGAAGAGAAGACGCUCGUUGGUACGAGCGGAGGCGUGUCACAGAGGAAAUGGUGGAUGUAUGUGUGGUGCGUCAUCAAGGCUUUGAUGGUGUGGCAGGCGUAUGCUGAGCGUUUGCGUGUUGUGUGGCGCUUGCGGGAAGAGCGGGGUGAAGAUGAAUGGGUGGAUUAG